CUCAGAGAGAGAGAGAGAGAGAGAGAAAGAGAGAGCAUCCUGGAGAGAGAGAUAGAAAAGAGGGUGAUAAGACAACAUUCCUAACCUCCUGUCAGUGAGAGAGAGCAACACAGAGGACAGCAGAGGAGCCUCCCAACCAACCCAGGCCCUCCCCAGUCCCUCCUAGUCUUCACUUUGUUCCACAUCCAGAAGAGGACCCUGUGCUUUGCUACCUACGGCUUUUUACCCUGCUCUCCUGUGAAUCCUACCCGUACUGCUCAUUGCCGUGCUCUCCUGUGAAUCCUACCCGUACUGCUCGUUGCCGUGCUCUUCUGUGAAUCCUACCCGUACUGCUCGUUGCCGUGCUCUCCUGUGAAUCCUACCCGUACUGCUCGUUGCCGUGCUCUUCUGUGAAUCCUACCCGUACUGCUCGUUGCCGUGCUCUUCUGUGAAUCCUACCCGUACAGCUCUUUACUGUGCUCUUCUGUGAAUCCUACCCGUACAGCUCUUUACUGUGCUCUUCUGUUCAAUUACAACUCUACUGCUGCUUCGUCCUACACCAGCUGUUGACAGCCAGACCAACGUCGACUAGUCAGCUACUCCACGACCCCAUCACUGCACUGGGCAGGCACACCACUUCCUCCUCACUGCACUGGGCAGCCACACCACUUCCACCUCACUGCACUGGGCAGCCACACCACUUCCUCCUCACUGCACUGGGCAGCCACACCACUUCCUCCUCACUGCACUGGGCAGCAACACCACUUCCUCCUCACUGCACUUCCCUCAAGCAGAACACGCUGUCUGAGAAGAACACUGGUGGAGAUGAAGAUACAGACCACUCCCACCAUGGACAUGGACGCCCUGACGUCCAUCCUGUCCAACGCGUCUUCAGAGAGUAGCUGUGCUCCUGUAGAUAACACUGUGGAGAACAUGGUGUUUGGAGGUUACUACAUUCUGGUCUUUCUCCUGGCGCUCAAUGGUAACGCCUUGGCCCUCUGGAUCUUCUCCCGGCAGCGUGGCACAUCCUCUCCCGCUAACGUCUUCCUGCUGCACCUGGCUGUGGCCGACCUCUCCUACGUCAUAAUCCUGCCCCUCCGCGCCACAUACCACCUCACGGGGGGCCACUGGCCGUUCGGCGAGGUUCCGUGUCGAGUCGCCGGCUUCCUGUUUUAUGUCAACAUGUACGCGAGUCUCUACUUCUUGGCGUGCGUGGCUGGGGAUCGCUACCUGGCCGUGGUGCACGCCGUGAGGUCACUGAAGAUCCGCCGUGCCCGCUACGCCCACACCAUCAGUUUUUCUCUGUGGGUGCUGGUCACCGUCUCCAUGGCGCCCCUGCUGGUCACCCACCAGACUGCGGAGGUGGACGGGAUGACGGUGUGUCUGCAGCUGUACAGGGAGAAAGCCUCCCGCAAGGCCCUCGUCUCUUUAGCCGUAGCCUUCACCCCUCCUUUCCUCUCCACACUGACCUGCUACCUGCUCAUCAUCCACAGCCUGAGGAGAGGAUCCCGACUGGAGCCCCAGCUGAAGCUGCGAGCCCUGAGGACCAUCGGCCUGGUCAUGCUGAUCUAUGUGGUGUGCUUCCUGCCGUACCACGCCUCCAGAGCCACGUUCAUCCUGGGGUACGCCCACCCAAAUGUCUCCUGCCAGACCAGGCGGGGUCUGUCCCUGGCCAACCGCGUCACCUCCUCCCUCACCUGUCUGAACGGGGGCCUGGAUCCUCUGGUGUACCUGUUUGGGGCCGAGAAGUUCCGGGGAACGGUGAGGAGGCUGUUCUUUAGAGACAGGGCCGGGGGAUCAGGGGCCACCAGUGCAGGAGAGCUGAAGGGAACACACGAGAGCUCUGUCAGCGCCAAGUCUGAGUUCUGAGAAGUUGGAGGUGGAACCAUCUGAAAUAUCAACUUUAUCUGACAGACUUAUUUUUAAGUCAGUUUUUAAAUAAAUUUUUCUACCUGUUUUCACUCAAGCCUCUCAAUACUUAUUUUUAUACUGCCUCUCCUGUCCAUAUGAGACUGUAUCUUUGUUCUCUACUGCCUCUCCUGUCCAUAUGAGACUGUAUCUUUGUUCUCUACUGCCUCUCCUGUCCAUAUGAGACUGUAACUUUGUUCUCUACUGCCUCUCCUGUCCAUAUGAGACUGUAUCUUUGUUCUCUACUGCCUCUCCUGUCCAUAUGAGACUGUAUCUUUGUUCUCUACUGCCUCUCCUGUCCAUAUGAGACUGUAACUUUGUUCUCUACUGCCUCUCCUGUCCAUAUGAGACUGUAUCUUUGUUCUCUACUGCCUCUCCUGUCCAUAUGAGACUGUAUCUUUGUUCUCUACUGCCUCUCCUGUCCAUAUGAGACUGUAUCUUUGUUCUCUACUGCCUCUCCUGUCCAUAUGAGACUGUAUCUUUGUUCUCUACUGCCUCUCCUGUCCAUAUGAGACUGUAUCUUUGUUCUCUACUGCCUCUCCUGUCCAUAUGAGACUGUAACUUUGUUCUCUACUGCCUCUCCUGUCCAUAUGAGACUGUAUCUUUGUUCUCUACUGCCUCUCCUGUCCAUAUGAGACUGUAUCUUUGUUCUCUACUGCCUCUCCUGUCCAUAUGAGACUGUAACUUUGUUCUCUACUGCCUCUCCUGUCCAUAUGAGACUGUAUCUUUGUUCUCUACUGCCUCUCCUGUCCAUAUGAGACUGUAUCUUUGUUCUCUACUGCCUCUCCUGUCCAUAUGAGACUGUAUCGUUGACUUUGUCUUUGAAAUCAAUUAGAGUUUGUUUCAUUAUCAUCUCCCUUCAGUUGUAACUAUUUUCAACCCUGCCAAAGUGCUGGUAAAGACCAAAUCAAUGGAUGCCAUCCCAGUUGUAAUUCUAGUUGUACAGUAUUUUGCGUAAAACUUUGUUUUUUUUUAAAGGGGGGGGAAUGCAUGCCUUUUCAUCUUAGUAGGUCUUGAUCUGUUAACUCUUUAAAAUCGUGCUUAGUAAUGCAUAACAUGCUUUUGGGCAAGGUUAUUAUUACGAUAAUACAAUCUUAUUCUCACUAAUUAAAGUGUAUCUUCAAUGUUUCCCACCAAGUUAAUUCAUGAUACAAUCAAAAUGUAUUUUCCUCAUGUAAUCUCCAUUAACGUUUCCUUGUCGUCCUAAUACCAAAAAAAUAAAAAAAUGUAGCCAUUAAUUUCAAAAUUAUAUAUUGGAUAAAUCUCUUCCCGACUUUCUAGCAAAACGUUAUGUUUGACACUGAGGUUAGUCAUCAGUGUCUUCAAAUGGAUGUGUUUGGACAUGAGUUUGUAAGCCUGUUUGUUUACAAACCACUGUUUCCUCAAUGCAUUGUAAUUGCUAUGCAUCCUGACAUAACAUUUGACAUAUUGCAGAACGGGAUCUAUAGAGCGUCAUAUGAUAUCAAAGAGCCCAGGCUGAGCAAUGAGCCAACUGUUCUCACCUAAAAUAUCUCAUGGCCUUUCUGUUAUUUAUACAUUUGACUGUAUCUUCACUUUAGGACUGUAAAUUAAUAAAUUGUUACACAUAUAUAUAUAAAUAAAUAAAUGGUGUCUUUUUUC